CUAAAAAGUCCAUUCUCACCUUCCUUUCCCUUCACCAUUUCUAUCGCUCUUGGGAAGAAAAUGAAUUCAUACGAAGAUUGAAUAUGUAUGAAGGAGGAGGUCGUUAGUUAUACCAGGAGAAAGUCGGGAUGGAGCAUCAACACCUGUCUAGCAAGAUAAUUAAGUUAUGAAUAGCUAAAGUGGGUGAAGGCCAUGGGAUAAAGCAAGUUAAAGUUUGACAUCGAUGAGGUGGGCGGAAGGCUG